AAUAUCCGGUUCCGGCUCUGGUUCCCAGCUCGAAUUCGCUGGGAGCGAGCGACCUGUGGGCCGGUGGAGCUUUGCGGACCGAAGACUUGAGAGUUUUGCCGCUUGUUGGCCACUGAAGUCAGGCAGACGACAGGGUAGAGACUGAAAGGGCCCUAUCCGAGAUGGAUGGCCGGAUUCCUUAUGAUGACUAUCCAGUGGUUUUCCUGCCUGCUUAUGAGAAUCCUCCAGCAUGGAUUCCUCCUCAUGAGAGGAUAUACCACCCAGACUACAAUAAUGAAUUGACUCAGUUUCUACCUCGAAUUGUCACACUGAAGAAGCCCCCUGGAGCUCAGUUGGGAUUUAACAUCCGUGGAGGAAAGGCAUCUCAGUUGGGCAUCUUCAUCUCCAAGGUGAUUCCUGACUCUGAUGCACAUCGAGCAGGACUUCAGGAAGGAGACCAAGUUCUAGCUGUGAAUGAUGUGGAUUUCCAAGAUAUUGAACACAGCAAGGCUGUUGAUAUCCUGAAGACAGCCCGAGAAAUAAGCAUGCGUGUUCGCUUCUUUCCCUACAAUUAUCAUCGCCAAAAAGAAAGGACUGUGCACUAGCAUUGAAACCUUCAGCCUUCCACAUGGAAUCUUCUAGAACAAGCUAGCUUGACCCUGGGGAACACUCAGGAAACUACUCUCAGUCUCUCCAUUAUAUAGUUGAAUGGGGAGGUUGGGAAACAGUGAAGCCCUUAUACUAAGAUAACUAAAUAAUUUCAUUACCCAAA